UAGGCAAUUUAGAGUAAGCACUGUAUUUUAAUACUCUUACAUAGCUGGUCACACCGCUACAAAUGCAAUGACGCUGACACUGACAUCGGACUUAGGUAUUUAUUAUGGACAAUAAUGUAGGACAAAUAGAAGAAAAACCUAAAAUUGCAACGACAACAGCAAAUUCAAACGAAUUAAUUGCGGCGUCACAUAGCGCUACUAUUGGCGCCAAGUCAGCCACAAACAUUCUAACCAACUCAACAUCGUUCUGGAAGAACAGCGGCCGAGCAGUGCCCGGGCGGCCCAGUCCAAAACGCGAUUUUCUCGACAAGACAAACACAAACAACAGCAAGUCGGGCGCUGAAGGUGGCACAGGGGUGCAGCGUGCAGAUCGUGGCGCCGCUGGCGGAAUGGUGUCAACCUUUCGGGACUAUCAGCAGUCGGUGAGCGAUGCCUGGGACACCGGUGACGAUGAAUUUUGCAUAAUUAGUAGCAAUGAAGCAGCCGCAGCAGCAGCUGGAGAUGCCACACGUAUAUCGCGCCAAGUGUCACAAACUGUAGCCCUUAAUGUCAUCGAAACGCAUUCGCGUAGCAAUCAAAAUCACAUCGCAACCAGCAGUGAAUCUAUGGAAGUGCAGGCUAGCGAUGCGGAUCUCAUUGCAGGCGCUGCUAGCUAUGCGGAAGAUAACAAGCAGGAUCGCAGAUCAUCGCAUGACAGCAACGAAAACAGAUCUCGGUUGCGUAACUAUCCUGGUCGGCCGCAACUGCAGAAAAUCAGUACCAAUUCGCAAGAUGGGGAAUAUGAGACAAAGAUAGAGAAAUUUCAAUUACUGCUUAACUCGCCGCAGCUGGAUUUGGUAGCGCUUAAAAAACUCAGUUGGUCUGGCGUGCCGCGGAAGAUGCGUGCUGUUAGCUGGCGUUUGCUCUCCAAGUAUUUGCCACCAUCGGGGGAGAGGCGGAACGCGGUGCUGCAGAGUAAACGGCAGGGAUAUCAGGACCUACGACACAACUAUUUCAAGGUAGACAGCCAGGAUGAAACGCAACAGGACACAUACCGUCAGAUACAUAUUGAUGUGCCGCGGAUGAAUCCACAAAUACCGCUCUUCCAGCAACAGCUCGUGCAGGAAAUGUUCGAACGUGUUCUUUUCAUAUGGGCCAUUCGUCACCCUGCCUCCGGCUAUGUGCAGGGUAUAAAUGAUCUGGUCACACCCUUUUUCAUAGUCUUUCUGCAAGAGGCACUUUCGCCGGACACGGAUCUUGAGAAAUACGAUAUGUCACAACUGCCAGAGGAGACGCGCAACAUUAUUGAAUCCGAUUCCUUUUGGUGCCUAUCCAAAUUUCUUGACUGCAUACAGGAUAAUUACAUAUUUGCCCAGCUGGGCAUACAGGAAAAGGUUAAUCAACUUAAGGAUCUAAUACAACGUAUCGAUGUUAACUUGCAUCGUCAUCUACAAGCUCAUGGCGUUGACUAUUUACAAUUCUCAUUUCGUUGGAUGAACAAUUUACUGACACGCGAGCUGCCCCUCCACUGCACAAUCCGAUUGUGGGACACGUAUCUGGCCGAAUCGGAUGGGUUUGCGCUCUUCCAUCUGUAUGUGUGUGCGGCCUUUUUGCUGCACUGGAAAGAGCAGUUAAUGCAACAGAAUGAUUUUCAGGGUCUGAUGUUGCUGCUACAAAAUCUGCCAACGCAUAAUUGGUCCGAUCGACAAAUAAAUGUGCUGCUCGCUGAGGCGUUUCGCUUAAAGUUUACUUAUGCGGACGCGCCAAAGCAUCUGGAGACGAAAAGUUGACAAAAGCAAUCCGGGUCCGGAAUGAUGCAUAUACGAUACGUAACAUAGAAAUUAGUUUACAAACUUUUGCUGGUAUAUAUUCACACACACACACACCCAAACACAGACACACAGACGUAAACUUACAUAUACAU